AUGGCUAUGCAAUUGACAGAGCUGGCGGAGCAACUCGUUACGAUCCGCCACAACUUGGAUCCUAAACACGGAGAUAUUCCGGACGCGGACGAAUUGGAGGCCACAAGGCUGGCCCUGAGCCAGCUCUCAGAUCACGCCAACGCCUUAAUGAACACGCAAACAAGCCGAUUAAUCAGGGGUAUUUUGCCUCUCCUCACGGAAAAGAACGAGCUCCUCCGGGAGCUAAUCGAAUAUUGGCAGAGAAUACUGGCCGAUCCUGGUCGCCCAGGGGGCCAUGCAAUAAAACUCGGGGCUCUGAAAGAUGCUUUACCGAAGCUAGAGGAGAAGGUGGACGAAUUCAAGAGUCGCCUGACGGAAUAUAACACGCUUUGCGAUGAAUACGACCGGUUCGGCACGGAGCUUCGUGGUGCAUUGGAACAACUCGAGCACCAGGCGCAUCAGCUCCAGAAUGCAUUAUAA